AUGCAUUACCCUUCCUUCGGCCACUUCCUCUUGGCGAGCAUCCUUGCCGUCCAGGGUGUUCAGUCUCUCUCCCUUAUCCCCACGGGCGAGGUUGCCAGACGCUAUGUAGCUCCCGCCUUGGCACUUGCCAUGCCUGUCGUGGCUGCGCCCCAGCCUGCCAGCAUUGAGGCCCGCGAGCCUCACCACCGUGGCAAGAAGACCAAGAAGGCCAAGAACAACCGCCGUGACGAAUUUGUUGCGGAGGAUGCUCUUGAGGCUCGUGACAUCGAGGCUCGUGAGCCUCACCACCGCGGCAAGAAGACCAAGAAGGCCAAGAACAACCGCCGUGAUGAAUUCGCCGCCGAGGAUGCCGCCGACCAUGCCGUAGAGGCUCGUGAUAUUGAGGCUCGUGAGCCCCAUCACCGCGGCAAGAAGACCAAGAAGGCCAAGAACAACCGCCGCGACGAGUUCGCUGCUGAGGACGCUGCCGACCAUGCUGUUGAGGCCCGUGACAUUGAGGCCCGUGAACCCCACCACCGCGGAAAGAAGACCAAGAAGGCCAAGAACAACCGCCGUGAUGAGUUCGCUGCUGAGGAUGGAGCCGACCACGCCAUUGAGGCUCGCGAGCCUCACCACCGUGGCAAGAAGACCAAGAAGGCCAAGAACAACCGUCGUGAUGAGUUCGCUGCUGAGGACGCUGCCGACCAUGCUGUUGAGGCUCGUGAGAUCGAGGCUCGUGAGCCCCAUCACCGCGGCAAGAAGACCAAGAAGGCUAAGAACAACCGCCGCGACGAGUUCGCUGCUGAGGAUGGAGCUGACCACGCCAUUGAGGCUCGUGAGCCCCACCAUCGCGGCAAGAAGACCAAGAAGGCCAAGAACAACCGCCGCGACGAGUUCGCGGCCGGUGAGGCCGUCGCUUUCGUCGCCUAA